UUGAACUCAUUCAGCGACAAAACUGCACCAGAGGAAGCUAGAAUCAGGAAAGUUGUUAAUUUUCAUCUGUGCAGUGCGCUACAUGACGUGGAGGAAAAUGAGACUCGACUUGGAAGUGGUGCUGUUCUGUUGCCUGGCGCUGUGCAGGACAGCGGCGGCUUGUCCUGUGGAGCACGAGUGUAAAGGAUUCGGCCUGGAAGACUUGGGCACCGGUACUGGCGAGGCGGCCUUCUGUAGCGGCCCUCAGUCUACACCUUACUGCCCGGGGGUUUACGUUAACGGCACGGUACUGCGGCUUUCACCGCGGCAGGCAUUCAGAUCGUCGCUAGCCAGAAGUUACUCUCCCAUCUCUACCAAAUCGUCGCUAGCCACAAGUUCCUCUCCCACCACUACCAAAUCGUCGACAGCCACAAGUUCCUCUCCCAUCUCUACCAAAUCGUCGACAGCCACAAGUUCCUCUCCCGCCACUACCAAAUCGUCGACAGCCACAAGUUCCUCUCCCACCACUACCAAAUUGUCGACAGCCACAAGUUCCUCUCCCGCCACUACCAAAUCGUCGACAGCCACAAGUUCCUCUCCCACCACUACCAAAUUGUCGACAGCCACAAGUUCCUCUCCCACCACUACCAAAUCGUCGACAGCCACAAGUUCCUCUCCUAUUACUACCGCAUCGUCGCCAGCCACAAGUUCCUCUUCCACCACUACCAAAUCGUCACCGGCCUCCACGUCUGCCCCGUGUGAUCCCGCUUCGUGCAUAGAUAAGACGGAAGGCAUUUAUGUUCAUCCUGACUGUGACUGUCGCCGGUACUACACGUGUAUCAAGUCGGUGAAGGACGAGACUAAGCUAAUCCAAACAAAUUACAGAUGUACCGGAAAGUACGUUUUCGACCCUGAUAAGCUGAGGUGCACGGAAGACAGUUCAGUGUGCCCGACACUUUAGUGUGAAGGCUGCGCUGCUCACUUCUUACUUCAUGUUUUCGACUAUAUUUCUCUGAGGAGGAAAUUUCACUUUCUCUCUCACAGUAAGCUUGCAGAACUUUGGAGCACGUUUGAAGCACCACUGAGCACAGUUUGUCAUGACCUGAAUUACAUUAAAAAAAAAAAAAGU